GUGCUUGAGCUCAGUGUCCUUACGGCAGGCAGAGACGGGGAUGUUAACAUCUGCUUAUUUUUUUCUGGAACUUGCAGAUUCCGACGGGGUUGUGAAUUGAGUCUUCUCAUGGCCUCUCUACAGAGGACUGUCAACUGAGAAGUCCGUGUCAUGGGUUUGCCAUAAUUAUGAGAAAGUGACAAUUUCAGCAUGUCCGUUUGCUCUCUACAAAUCAGCUGACAAACGUAGGUGAACAGGGCCACAGGCCAAUGGCCCCGCGCUGUGACCGGCGAACCCUCAUCGGCAUGACGGGGGCGGCUAAACGCCGACCCGGAAGCGCCCGGACGCCGUUCGGGACGCAAAGGCGGAGCUGUCCAUAGGGAAACUCGACCCACGUCCGCGCGAGCCUGGCCGCCCUCGUGCGCACGCGCGAGGGGCGGUGCCUCGCUUAGGCACUGUGUCUCCAUGGCGACCGGACGCGGCAGGAUGCCGCGGUCGGGAGGUUUCGGACCUCAGGCGCUGCGCGGGUCCCUGCACGGUGAUGGCCCUGCCCGGGACAGCGCGGGGGCGGCCGCGGGGUGCUCCGCGUACAGAAAGGGUUUUGGAGUUAAGUUUGCUAGAGGCUCACCUGUGGUGAGGCAGUGUACCAGGCAUGGCCAGCACAAUGAGAAGUCCUCCAUCUGUUUUGUAUCCCUAGACAGAAUGCCCUCUGAAGUCUUGCUGAAUAUAUUUUCCUACUUGGAUGCUGUGAGCUUGCUGGGCACUGGAUGUGUGAACAAACGCUUUUAUCAUUUGGCCAGUGACAAUCUUAUUUGGAGAAGAAUCUACUUAGCUGCAUUUGCAUCCAAAAGAUCCCACUGGAAAGUUCAUUCAGUGGAGGAGACAGCCACAUCCGUGAGCUUACUGUCAGUUGAGGAUAAAGAAGGCGGAUACUGGAAGAAAGAGUAUAUUACAAAGCAAAUCUCAUCUGUGAAAGAAGCACUAACCCAAAUUGCCAAACCUGUUAACUCCUACACAGGUCUUCCUACGAAAUUCAAAGAGGUCCUCAGAAUAUUUGGCCUACGCUUUGUAAUUAUAUUGAGAGAGAAAAGUGGAAAAGAACACAUCAUGCAGCACGUUGAUGUUUCCUUCAAUGACACAUCUGUCACUGUUGUGUGGUAUGGCAAAAACUGGCCGAAGCUUGCCAUGUUGUCCACCCUGGAUUUGUGUGGUAUGACGCCAGUUUUUGCAGAUCGGCAUAAAACCUUCGACCCAUAUGGGCCACGGUGGCUGUCUUUAAUUGCAAAGUAUGAUCUGGAUCAUUUAAGGGAGCCUACCAUCUUUGGCUGUGACAGACUUGUCCGGAUAUUCUGUCUAAAUCCUGGCCUCCUGGUGGGGUUAUGGCAGAAGGACGCAGGACUGGCUUUUGUCAUGGCAAAUCUUCAUUUUCAUCACCUUGUGGAGAGAAGCACAUUAGGCUCAGCCACUCUUCCCUAUGUGUCGCCUCAGCAUCAUGGUCCCUUUUUGGAUGACAGCCCAGAAUAUGGACUGCAAGGCUAUCAGCUCCACAUUGACAUGCACGGCGGUGGGACUUUCUACCUGUGUAGUACACUUUACGCACUCUUCUCCAGCAAAGAGUGCAUUGAGAAUGGAUAUGCGAAGUUCAUGGUGAUAAAUUUGAACAAUAACAGACAGCACCUGCCUCUUAUUGGGAAAGUUGGCCUUGCAUGGAGAACUACUAUUUUUAAUGGCUUUAUUGAGAAUUGCUCUUUCAUGGACCUGACUGUUCUGGAAGAGUACAGGAAGCCCUUUUGGUGUGUGACUUCUCCAGUGCACUUGAGGUCUGUCCCCCACCCCUCUGAUGGUCCUCAUUUCCAGGGGCACACUUACUAUGUGGACUACAUGGACCCAGAAGGAGGAGUGCAUGCAGAGCUGUUGUGGAUUGAAGAGACAGAAGAAUACUUCAUUGUCAGCCUGGUCCUUUACCUCAGUGUAGCAAAAAUAAACCAUUGGUUUGGGACAGCAUACUGAGUUUUAGAAAUAGGUGCAAAGUCUUGUUACUAUUGAGGUGUUUAUAUUUUAUUUUUACAUUUUUGUUCUUAUUGAAAAUUAAAAUAAAGCAUACCCACAGCA